GUGGCACUCGGGCUCCGUCGUCAGGCUUGCAGUUUGGCUUUGGAUGCCACUCUUCUAACGAUUUCUUAGGUUUUGGCCCUCCCUGCUGUCUGUUCUCCCGUCUCACGGAUUUUAAUUUGUGGUUUGCUGUUCUUUUGAAUCUAGCAAAUUUAGGGUCGUCUGAAAGAAUCGUCUCUGCUUUCCUUACCCUGCCAUAGUUUAAAAAUUUAGUUAUUCAGCUGAGUUGGUGGUCUCAUCAGGAACCCAGCAGUCAAAACAAAGCACUGAAUUGAAUCCUGCUGGUUGCUGGAAUUUAGCAGUCGUGGAAGCCAGCUGGUGGCAGCAGAAGAGACCUGACAGAGGAUACACAAAAUGGCAGCAAAGAAUGCUUCAUUCUAAAAGAUCACGAUUUACAGGAUUUAUGGAGCCCAUACUACCUGAGAAGUAAAUCACAAGCAGGUUUACAGGAACACCAGCAUGAGCUUUUAUUGUAACAGGGCCUGUGCUGCAGCACAGCGGGUGCAGAGUCUUCAGCCUUCUGGCAUAGACCCUUUGGACUUCCAUCGCAGACCCUUUGGCCUCCUGAUACAGACUUGCAUGGGAUACUACAGUGAGCUCCAAGCCUUCAACUGGAUCCCUUGGAUCUCCAGCAUUAUUCUUGAGUCAUCAGGUAGAAGCUGGACUGUGAGGUUGACCAUUUGGAAAGACAUUGUACUGGCAAACAGUUUAGAGGUUGGCCCUAUUCAAUAUCAGAAGAUAGAAGUCUAUGUUGGACUACGUGUAGAUUUGGAUGAAGUGAAAGGGCAACAGUACAGAAGAUGAAGAGAAGAAAUAACAGAGGAGGAAGAAGAAGGAAAGUUGAGAAAGAAGUCUAAUAACAGACAGGAAAAACUGGGAGGCAAGUCUUUAUGCCAACAAAAGAAAGAAGAUUCAGGAGACAAGUGACCUGGAGAACAUUUGAAUAACUAUCAGAAUUUCAGCUCUUUUUCACACCACUGAGGAGAAAAGCUUUAAUGAACAUUGUAGGAGAGCCUCCACCAAACUAUGUCAAAACAAGCCAAUUACUUCCAUUUGGAAUGCACUCAGCUGCAAGGAGCACAAACCUGGCUUUAGAGAUGCACAGAAAUGAAGAGUCUUUCCUUCACAUAACAAGAAGACUUCUGGGAAAUGGUUGCUGCUCAGAGUUCAAUGGCUGGCCCAUUCUCUCAGGGAUUUGGACCCCUGAGCCAGGAGCAGUUCUCAGUACCGGGAGAGACACAGAGCACUUGAGCUAUUUCAGCCACAUGAAAAGCAUCGGAAUUGAGAUCACAGCUCAGAGGACACCCGGCGUCCCUUCCACCUUCCAAGGAGCUUUGUACUCUUGCACCUGGCUGCCUGGGACUUUCCUUAGGCAGUAAACAAAUACAGAAAGCAGGGAUAAGACUGCUUGAAUAUGUCAAAACAGCCAGUUUCCAAUGUCAGAGCCAUCCAGGCAAAUAUAAAUAUUCCAAUGGGAGCCUUUCGGCCAGGAGCUGGGCAACCCCCCAGAAGAAAAGAAUGCACUCCUGAAACAGAAGAGGGAGCUCCUCCUACUUCAGAUGAGGAGAAGAAGCCAAUUCCAGGAGCAAAGAAGCUUCCAGGACCUGCAGUUAACCUUUCAGAGAUCCAGAAUAUUAAAAGUGAACUGAAAUACGUCCCCAAAGCUGAACAGUAGUUGGAAAAAUAGAAAGCAGAAAAUGGCAUGUUCCUCAUUGGGUAGUUGUGAAGGAUGCUGGAGAUGCUUCCACAAAGUACAUCUCUGUACAUCACUCGGGAUAGACUAUAACUCAGCGAAUGGGAACUGGUCCUCCGUAUAAUCUUUUUCUGACCUGGCCUCCUUCAUACCACAUGU